AUGUCAAGGACUUAAAAUGAUGAUGAUAGACCUACAAUUCCUUUGCCUUAAGCUACUGAUUAAAAGAAACAAGAAAAACUAGCAUAUGAAAGAUAGAUGGCUAAAAUUACUUUGUUAAAAUAAACAGAGUAGAAAAAUUUACAUCUUGUAAAAUGUAACUUGAUGUAGGCAGGCUAAAUUAUAUGAGAUGGCAGCAUAGAAUAUAGAGAAUGGAAUCUUAGUAAAGAAAGAAUUAUAGUAAUUAGCAGAUGAGGCUAAAUAAAUAAAAGAUGAAAAGAUGAAAAGUAGAAAGCAGUAAAUUGAAUAUAUAAAAAAAAGUGAAGAGGAUUUUAUUCAAAAAAGGAAGACAGCAUAGAAAUUAGGGUAAAAUCAAUAAGUGAUUUUAGAGAUUCAAUGAAAUAAUCUUAAGUAAAAUAAUAUAAGAGUACUAUGAAAAUGACAUUAAUUAGAACUAGAGAUAGCAUACUUUAAGAGAACCAAAAGAUUAGAGAAGCAUUAUAUUAAGAAGAAAAAGAGAGGAAGAAAAAGAAGGAGGAAGCAAAGAAAUAAGAAGAGAUUAAAUCUUAAUAAUUUUAUAAGGAGAGAGUUUCUUAUGAGAAAUUAAUAGAGGAGAAGCUAAAAAAGACUAGAGAGAAAUUAAUAAAGGAUGAGGAGACUUUGAAAAUUCGUUUAAAGGUAUAUUAUUGAGUAGAUUAUUUAGUAAACAUAAGAUUUGUUAAGUAAAUCUCAAAACAAGUUUAUGGAACUUCAAUCUUGGAGUGGACAGAAGAGAUGA